AGGGAUCAUUACCUACGCUGCGCAAGCCGGAAAACUUUUCAACUACCAAACAGCCAUUCCAUUUUCACUGACAUAAAUAACCGUAGGAAUAAGGUAAAGGAGGACACUCAGCUAUGGAUGAAGAAUACGAUGUUAUCGUUCUCGGUACCGGCUUAACGGAAUGCAUUCUGUCUGGCAUUAUGUCAGUGAAGGGGAAGAAGGUGCUUCAUAUGGACAGGAACUCGUACUAUGGAGCAGAGAGCGCUUCCAUCACACCACUGGAAGACUUGUACAAGCGCUUCAGCCUUCCAGGUAAACCUCCGGAGUCCAUGGGAAGAGGUCGGGACUGGAGCGUGGACCUCAUCCCAAAGUUCCUGAUGGCCAAUGGUCAGCUGGUGAGGAUGUUGCUGAUCACUCAGGUGACCCGUUACCUGGACUUCAAGGUGAUCGAGGGCAGCUUUGUCUACAAGAAGGGAGCCAUCUACAAAGUGCCUGUCACUGAGACAGAGGCACUGGCCUCCAGUUUGAUGGGGAUUUUUGAGAAGAGGCGGUUUAGGAACUUCUUGAUCUUCGUUGCCAACUACGACACGAAAGAUCCCAAAACCAUGGAGGGUGUUGACCCCAACAAGUCGUCGAUGCGUGCCCUGUACAAGAAGUUCAGCCUGGGCCAGGAUGUGAUGGACUUCACUGGUCACGCCCUCGCUCUCUACAGGACAGACGACUACCUGGAUCAGCCCUGCAUCAACACUAUCAAUAGGAUCAAACUGUACAGUGAGUCUCUGGCCAGAUAUGGCAAGAGUCCUUACCUCUACCCUCUCUACGGCCUGGGGGAGCUGCCACAAGGCUUUGCCAGGUUGAGCGCUAUCUAUGGUGGCACCUACAUGCUGAACAAGCCCAUAGAGGAGAUUGUUAUGGAGAAUGGAAAGGUGGUGGGGGUAAAGUCAGAGGGAGAGAUAGCCCGCUGUAAGCAGCUGAUCUGUGACCCCAGCUACAUCAUGGACAGAGUCAGCAAAGUUGGCCAAGUGGUCCGUAUCAUCUGUGUCAUGAGCCACCCCAUCAAGAACACCGGCGACGUCAACUCCUGCCAGAUCAUCAUCCCUCAGAUCCAGGUCAACAGGAAACAUGACAUCUACGUGUGUAUGAUCUCCUCGGCCCACAAUGUGGCAGCACAGGGCAAGUACAUUGCCAUCGCCAGCAGCGUAGUGGAGACUAACGACCCAGAGAAGGAACUCAAGCCAGCCCUAGAUCUCCUGGAGCCCAUUGAACAGAAGUUUGUGAGCAUCAGUGAUCAAUAUGCACCAACUGACAUGGGAAAAGACAGCCAGAUAUUUAUUUCACGUACGUAUGACGCAACAACCCACUUUGAGACCACCUGUGACGACAUCAAGGACAUCUACGAGCGUGCGAUGGGCACGGAGUUUGACUUUGCAGAGAUGGAGCGCACGAAGAACGACAUCUUUGGAGACGCAGGUGAUCAGUGAUAGUAUAACCAACAUGUCCAGACAACUCCCAAAUCUUAACAAACUGGUUUAUAAUCCAAAUGUAUGGUUGGAAUCUGUAUCUAUGACCCUUUAAAACAAUGGAAAUACAUUUUGUAGAAAAAAGAAGAAUGAAAUAUGUUUUACUAAUAAACGAACGAUUUGUGAUGGCUGCGUUUUGUAGGCUAAUUUGCUUGACAGUUAGUUAAAGACAUGCAAUUAUCACAUUGUGUGACAUUAUGAAGGUUUCUUCACUUUCUGACAAAUGUGAAUGUCGACAAAUAAUUGGUUUUAUUCGGGUUUAUACAUAGACAAUAUAAAUGGUAUUUUUUACACAAGGCACUAUUCUGUUGUUAAAGUGAAAUAAAGAUGUAUUUUACCUGG